CGAGGGGAUUUUUAUUGCUUUAACCUACAGAAUGUAGCAUUAUGUGCUCUGAUUUUUUUUUUUUGUAACAAUGCAGCCUUUUUUAAAAUUUCCCCCCCUGCACCGGUUUAAGCUCUGAGCAAGAACAUUUUCAGCAGGAGUUUCCCUGCAGUUUAGAUGCAUGUUUAGAUGCACAAGUCUGGCAGUGAUCCAAAUCUUCUAAUUGCCAACAAAUCCAGUGAGAUGACUUGGAAAUAACCAAAUCCAUUUACAUUUAGAGUUUAAAUUAAAUGGUUCGUUUUGCCUUGAUAUGACUAAAGGCUAUUUAAAGCUGAUGAUGAUCCCUCAAUAGUAUCGCCGUCUGUAUGAUGCUGUAGGUCAAACGUGUCUAAAAUAAACCAAACCCUCUGACUCAAUGCAUUUAUUUAAACUUUUUUAGGCUAAAUACAAGAUUUUUCAUUAACUGUCUUUAGCCAUAAUGGGCUAAAAUUGGACAAUGGCACACCUUUAAUAAACACAUGAUGGUUUUGGUGCUCAGCUUUCGGGAUUUGUUGGCACUAAAUCAAAAAUUUGAGGAAAAAAUGCACACAGUGUCUGCAGCUUGAUGUGGACACAAACAAUUAAACCUCGUUUUUGUUUUGUUUUUCCAGGUGGUAAAAUGAGCAUCAAUAUCAGGGUCUUACUGUGUUGUGCUUAAGCUGUAAAACUGAAUUCAGCUGCAGUAUUUCGGGUUUAAUCAAGUUUAAAACGCGGAAACAUACAGGAUAUGAUUCAAGUGUGAAAUAUGGUUUAUAUUUAUGGCAGCGGUUGGGUGGUCAGGACUCAGACUCUGCUGUUUGCAGAUCUGCAUCCAACGCCUGAUUUCCUGACCCUUCGCCAUGACACUAACUGGAACAAAAAUUUUCACAUUGAUUAGAUCUCAAAAAGCUUUUUUUAAUCAGCGUUUCUAAGACCUUAAAUAUAGUAAAGUAUGAUGAAGUUAUGUGGAAAAGCUAAAUGCUGACUGCACAUUAUUUAAUCAUUUCCCCAUUUUUUUCCUCAUUAUUUAAACAUAAACUCCAACUGGUACCGUAGUUGGAAAACGUUCUUAUUUUAGCCAUGUUUGUAAAUUUUUAGCUGCAUUUUAUUUUCAAAGAUGCUAAAACUGACCAAAUUUAACAUUGAAAGAGCUUCAACUGGUGUAAAAAAUACAAAAUCAGAAAUAAAGCCAUCAAGAUGAGGAAGACACACGCCUGAUGAAAAUGAAACGCCAUCGUAUGGUGGAAUUUUUUGCCAAUAGAAAGUUAUCAGUCGUUUCAUUUUUGAAGGCAUUUGAAACCUUUUGGUUUUUACCUAAAAGGAAAUAAUCUAAAUAGAGAUGAUCUUAUCUUGGUGUAGUACGUCUUAAGUGGGGUCACAACACUUCCUUUAGAUGAAAUCGUUCUACAUGAAGCCGUUUUUUAACAAAAUGGAGAAUAUUUCUUUUUCAUUUUUGAAGCAAAAAAUGAUUUCUGCCUCAAAGCAGACGUAGGACUGUAACUCGUCUGACCACCGCCUCGCCUUGCGCCGCUCUAGACGAACCCUUAUUCUGCCUUUUUCUCUGCAGACCUGGAGGAUCCGCAGCCAUCGGCUCCUCCAUCGGCUCAGCUACAGUCUGUUUGCCUUUCUAAGUCCAGAUUUCUUUUAUUUUUUAAACCCUCUCACAAACUCUGAAGUGUUUGACGUUAAAUACGAACAAACAUUUUUUUUUUUUAAGAAAGCAUGCAAAAAAAUAUUUUUGGGCUCCAUUUUUUUUAUUUUAAAAGAACUUAACUUUUGUAUCAUUUGAAGGUGCCUAAGUUAUGACGAUGCAAUUUUCUGAAUGUUUUUAUUUGUAAAGACAAAAAAAUGUAGAUUUGUGUUUUCUUUUUUUGGUAACAGUAGCUUGUAAAGUGUUUUAGACAUUUUUCUAUCAUUAAACCAUGUAUUCCUAAUAAACCUGUCUUUGGUACCCAUUUCUGAGCGGCUCAGGCCAGAUUGUUUCACUUCAGUUGUUUUUGUUCUUUCGAGUGUUGCUGCAGAAAAUAUCUUCUCUCAGGAAUUUCACAUUAAAGAAGACAGUUGCUUACAAAGAGUUUAAAGAGGAACUUCUCUGAGGGGAAGAUGGCUGAUGUGGUAGGCGUGUGGUUUCAUAGCUUCAAAACGGACAGAGAGCCCUUCACUUCCUGCUCUCAGUCACUCGCUGAUACUCUUCAGACACUUUGACGUUUCUCAGACAGUCGACGAAAGGAGAACCAUUUCUUUGCUCUUCUCCGGUGAGUUCCAGCCCUCUCUUCAUCCAUCUUCAUCUUCUGAUGCAUGAGCCAGCUGGAGACAUGGUCGUCUGUUACAUCCUGGAUGGGGUGCUGAUCCUGUACGGCAUCAUUCUAACCAUCCUUUACUGCCGACUGAGGAUGCGUCCAUCCAACAACAUUGCCGAUUACCCCGAGCAGUCCGCAGGUGGAGGCAUCUAUGCGGGUCUGACGUCCAAAACCAGUGACACCUACGAGACCAUCAACAUGAGCAAAAAGCCCAUUGUGUAAUUUGCACCAUUUCAGUAAAAUCAGGACGCCGAGCUGAAAAAUAUGGUUUUGUGCUCUAGUCUCCGUAUAGUCACUUUUUGAGACUCUUGUUUACUUUUUCUCCUUUUGUAAAAUAUUCCUUCUCUGUUUCUGCACAAAACUAGUAAAGUUAUUUAACAAGUGAUGAUUAAAUUAGUGCCUGGUGAUUUCCUUAUUGUU